GCGUCUUCACCGGGGACUACGACGACCGCUGGGAUCUCAUGGGGCCCUUCGCUAUCGAGGAGGACGACUGGCAGAAUGCGGAUGCGGCGCACUGGAAAGGACUGGGCCUCACGGACCCCGUGAAGAGUAUUGAGGAUAAAUGGCUUUUGUUACCCGCAUUCUUGAAAGUGAAGGGUCUGGUCAAGCAGCAUAUUGACUCUUUCAACUACUUUGUGGACGUCGAUAUCAAAAACAUUGUCAAGGCGAAUAAUAAAGUUACAUCCGACGUAGAUCCCCGCUUCUGGUUGAAAUACACCGACAUACAAGUUGGCUUUCCAGAUCGCACAGACGCCGAUGCCAUAGACAAGAGCGUAACUCCUCACGAGUGUCGGCUGCGCGAUACCACCUACAGCGCGCCUAUCUUGGUGACCAUCCAAUACACAAGAGGCAAGAGUGUCGUCCGGAGACCAAAUGUAAACAUCGGACGCUUACCGAUCAUGCUGCGGAGCAAUAAGUGCGUACUCACUGGCCGGACCGAAGCUCAAAUGGCCCGUAUGAUUGAAUGCCCUCUGGACCCUGGCGGAUAUUUUAUUGUUAAAGGCACUGAGAAGGUUAUCUUGGUUCAAGAGCAGCUUAGCAAGAAUCGUAUCAUUGUCGAAACCGAUCCAGCCAAAGGCGUCGUGCAGGCAUCAUGUACAUCGUCGACCCAUGGCGGGUUGAAGUCGAAGACGUAUGUCGCCACCAAGAAAGGCAAAAUUUAUCUGCGUCACAACUCCAUCCAUGAGGAUGUUCCAAUUGUUAUCGCUCUCAAGGCUUUGGGCAUACAGUCGGAUAAGGAGAUACUCCUUUUGACUGCGGGCAACUCCGAGGCUUACAAAGUCACCUUCUCCGCCAAUCUUGAGGAGGCAGCUAAACUCGGAGUUUUCACUCGCCACCAGGCUCUGGAGUACAUCGGCACCCGAGUCAAGGUCAACCGUAAAGUAGUCGGACCCAGGCGACCUGCAUGGGAGGAAGCACUCGAGGCGCUGGCAACGAUAGUUCUCGCUCAUGUCCCUGUGGUCGGAUUGGACUUCAGGUCAAAGGCAAUAUUCGUCGCGACGAUGACAAGACGCGUGCUGAUGGCCAUGCACGACGAGAAGAUGUGCGAUGAUCGGGAUUAUGUAGGUAAUAAGCGGUUGGAGUUGGCUGGUCAGCUGCUUGCGUUGCUGUUUGAAGAUCUGUUUAAGACUUUCAACACGAACCUUAAAGCUGCUAUUGAUAAAGUCCUCAAGAAACCGUCGAGGACUAAUGAGUUCGACGCCUUCAACACCAUGCAAUUCCAGGGUGAUCACAUUACCUCUGGUUUUGUGCGCGCCAUCUCCACCGGCAACUGGUCACUGAAACGGUUCAAGAUGGAACGUGCCGGAGUGACACACGUCCUGAGUCGGCUGAGCUAUAUCUCCGCGCUGGGUAUGAUGACCCGAAUAUCUUCCCAAUUCGAGAAGACCAGGAAGGUUAGCGGACCUAGAGCUCUCCAGCCUAGUCAAUGGGGUAUGCUGUGCCCAAGUGAUACUCCUGAAGGGGAGGCCUGUGGGCUGGUAAAAAAUCUUGCCCUUAUGACACAUAUCACAACAGACGUGGAGGAGGAGCCGAUUGUCCGUAUUGCGUACAUGCUUGGUGUAGAAGACAUCAGCCUGGCGACUGGUACGGAGAUUUAUGGAGCUAACACUUUUGUGGUCCAUGUGAACGGCACUAUCAUUGGCGUAACUCGUUAUCCCACCCGUUUCGUCAGUAACUUUAGGAAGCUCCGUCGAGCUGGGAGAUUCAGCGAGUUUGUUAGCGUGUACAUCAAUCACCACCACCGCACGGUACAAAUCGCUACUGAUGGAGGUCGCAUCUGUCGACCGAUGAUCAUUGUGGAGAAUGGAAAGCCUCGUGUUUCCUCCGACCACAUUGCGCUUCUCAAGAAGGGUGAGCUGACAUUCGACGACUUCCUUCACAAAGGCCUCGUGGAAUAUCUCGAUGUCAACGAAGAGAAUGAUUCUUACAUUGCGCUGUACGAAUCGGACAUCGUGCCGACCACGACGCACCUCGAAAUAGAGCCGUUCACUCUCCUGGGUGCUGUAGCGGGUCUAAUUCCAUAUCCUCACCACAACCAAUCGCCCCGUAACACGUAUCAAUGUGCUAUGGGUAAACAGGCCAUCGGAGCGAUCGGUUUCAAUCAACUAAACCGCAUCGAUACACUGUUGUACCUUUUGGUAUACCCGCAGCAGCCCAUGGUAAAAACGAAGACCAUCGAACUAGUUGGCUAUGACCGACUACCGGCGGGUCAAAAUGCGACGGUCGCUGUGAUGAGUUAUUCUGGUUAUGAUAUCGAAGAUGCCCUUAUUCUUAACAAGGCUAGCUUAGAUCGGGGAUAUGGACGAUGUCAAGUGCUUCGAAAGAAUACUGCGCUGAUCCGCAAAUAUCCCAACGGCACGUACGAUCGUCUAGCGGAUGCUCCUGUAGACGAAAAUGGCCAGAUACAGAAGAAGUUUGAUAUCAUCCAGCUGGAUGGGUUAGCCGGCGUCGGCGAGCGUGUUGAUCCGGGAGACGUCUAUGUCAACAAGCAGAUGCCCUCGAAUGCUAACGACAACACGUUUUCGGGUCAAGCAGCUACGGUCCCUUACAAGAACGCGCCUUUGACCUAUAAGUCGCCUGUGGCCGGAAACAUCGACAAGGUGAUGAUAACAGAUACCGAAAAUGACCAGACGCUCAUCAAGGUCCUGAUCCGGCAAACUCGGAGACCUGAACUGGGCGACAAGUUCUCAUCAAGGCAUGGUCAGAAAGGUGUAUGCGGAUUGAUUGUCAACCAGGAAGAUAUGCCUUUCAAUGACCAAGGCAUCGUGCCCGAUACUAUCAUGAAUCCACACGGGUUCCCGUCACGAAUGACUGUUGGAAAGAUGAUUGAACUACUGGCCGGCAAGGCUGGUGUACUCUCCGGGAAGUUGCAGUACGGCACUGCAUUCGGCGGCUCUAAGGUAGAGGACAUGUCACGAAUUCUUAUCGAAAACGGUUUCAGCUAUGCUGGCAAAGAUAUGCUCACGAGCGGUAUAACCGGGGAACCAAUGGAGGCCUAUGUGUAUUUCGGACCUAUUUACUACCAGAAACUAAAACACAUGGUGAUGGACAAGAUGCACGCUCGAGCACGGGGUCCUCGCGCUACACUGACCCGGCAGCCCACUGAAGGCCGCUCGAGGGAAGGAGGCUUGCGUCUGGGAGAGAUGGAGCGCGACUGCCUCAUCGGAUAUGGCGCGACGCAGCUUCUUCUAGAGCGGCUCAUGAUAUCUUCGGACAAAUUCGAGGUCAAUGCAUGUCAAGAGUGCGGUCUGAUGGGCUAUAACGGCUGGUGCACAUACUGUAAGAGCUCGAAGAAGAUGGCGCAGCUCACCAUCCCUUAUGCUGCGAAACUGCUCUUCCAAGAGCUGAUGGCGAUGAAUGUUGUUCCUCGGUUGGUCCUGGAUGACGCGUGAGGUGCGUCAGGACGACGACAAAAUAAUGCUGUAUUUUUACACCGUCCCGGAUCCCCUCCUGUACUUCACGCAACCUAUGCAUGAUCUAAUUUAUUUGACAUGUAUGUACCUUCAACGUUC